CUGGGUGUGGUUCUCAUGCCUGAAGGUGCCCGGAGCACCCUGGAGACACGAGGAAGCUCAGACCUCUGGGCUCCUACCCAUGGAUACGCAGCAGCAGAUCUGGGGAGUAAACCUUGGAAACCACCUCAGUUUCCAGGGAGGCUGAGGCUGCCGCCCCUGUGUCAAGGACCGCACCUUGGCUACAGCAGCUCUGCUCCAAGGGGCUCCACGUCCUUCAGCAUCACAGCCUCCCCAGAAGUUGUUGUAGAUGUCAUCCAUGGUCCUCCAUCCAAGAAGAGUACCACGGGGGCCUCCAAAUGGCCUCUGGACCCCAAGCUGGAGGUGACCCUACAGAUGAAAGCAGCCAGCAGUAGGAUAGAUGACCAGAAGGUUCGAAUUUCCUAUUACGGACCCAAGACCUCAUCAACCCAAGCCCUGCUCUACCUCACCGGGGUGGAACUCUCCCUGAGUGCGGAUGUCACCCGCACUGGCAAAGCGAAGCCAGCCCCAGCUGGGAAGGAUCAGAGCACCUGGACCUGGGGCCCGGACGGUCACGGCGCCAUCCUGUUGGUGAACUGUGACAAGGAGGAUCCCAAGUCCUCCGGAAUGGACUUCGAGGACGACAAGGUCUUAGACAACAAAGACCUGCAGGACAUGUCACCAAUGACCCUAAGCACGAAGACUCCCAAAGACUUCUUUGACAAGUAUCAGUUGGUGCUGCAGGUGCCGAAGGCCAAGAUGAACAAAGUGAGAGUCUUCCGGGCCACACGGGGCAAACUGCCAUCCAGAUACAAGGUGGUCCUAGGACCACAGCAGUUCUCCCACCGCCUAGAGCUGCUGGGCGGCCAGCACAGCACGGACUUCUAUGUGGAAGGCCUUGCUUUCCCUGACGCCGACUUCAAGGGGCUCAUUCCCCUAACGAUCUCCCUGUUGGACAAAUCUAACCCGGAGCUCCCUGAAGCCCUGGUGUUCCAAGACACCGUGAUGUUCCGUGUGGCCCCCUGGAUCAUGACGCCCAACACUCAGCCCCCCCAGGAGGUAUACGUGUGCAGGUUUUCCGACAAUGAAGACUUCCUAAAGUCACUGGCUACUUUCACCAAGAAAGCCAAGUGCAAACUGACUGUGUGCCCAGAGGAGGAAAAUCAAGAUGACCAGUGGAUGCAGGAUGAAAUGGAGAUUGGCUACAUACAGGCCCCCCACAAGACGCUGCCUGUGGUCUUUGACUCCCCGAGGGACAGAGGCCUGAAGGAUUUCCCUGUCAAACGAGUCAUGGGUCCAAAUUUUGGCUAUGUGACCCGAGGGCUCUAUAGAGCAGAGGUCACUGGGCUGGAUGCCUUUGGGAACCUGGAGGUGAGUCCCCCAGUCACUGUCAGAGGGAAGGAAUACCCACUGGGCAGGAUUCUCAUCGGGAGCAGCGGUUAUUCCAGCAGUGAGAGCCGGGACAUGCACCAGAUCCUGCAGGACUUCCUGGGUGCCCAGCAGGUGCAGGCCCCUGUGAGACUCUUCUCCGAUUGGCUCUUUGUGGGUCACGUGGAUGAGUUCUUGAGCUUCGUCCCGGCACGGGGCAAGCAGCAGGGCUUUCGGCUGCUACUGUCCAGCCCCAGAGCUUGCUACCAGAUGUUCCAGGAGCUGCAGACCGAGGGCCACGGGGAGGCAUCACUGUUCGAAGGACUCAAGAGGAAAAGGCAGACAAUCAGUGACAUUCUGUCCAGCCAGAAACUAAGAGACCAGAAUGCCUACGUGGAGAGCUGUAUUGACUGGAACCGUGAGGUGCUGAAGCGAGAGUUGGGCCUGACGGAGGGCGACAUCAUUGAUAUACCCCAGCUCUUCAGGAUUGUGGGAAACUCCAGAGGGAACCCGAAGGCUGAGGCCUUCUUCCCAAACAUGGUGAACAUGCUGGUACUGGGCAAGCACCUGGGCAUCCCCAAGCCCUUUGGGCCCAUCAUCAACGGCCGCUGCUGCCUGGAGGAGAAGGUGUGCUCCCUGCUGGAGCCGCUGGGUCUGCACUGCACCUUCAUCAACGACUUCUACAGCUAUCACAUGUACCACGGAGAGGUUCACUGUGGCACCAACGUGCGCAGGAAGCCCUUCGCCUUCAAGUGGUGGCACAUGGUUCCCUGAGUCACCGCUCCUGGCAGCCUCCCUCGAGGACUGCCCUGGCUCCCUGCAGGGAGAUACAGUGAGAGAUCUGGGGCCUUGGGGCUUCCCUAGAGGUGGCUACCCCUCCCUGCUGUGAGUUGCUUUGCUUCACCCACAUCUGGCUCCUGUCCCACCUCUGUAUGUCCUAAAAUGGUCCUUGCAUAGCAAACUCAGUCCUGCUUAGAGAUGCUGCAAUAAAGAUGUGGUUUUGUAUCUUUA